AUGAAGGUCCACCCGGUGCCCAGAUGCGCUCUCCGAUAUGAUAUAGCAUCGGUUUUGGCUGAGGCGAACACCAGCCGGAAUCAGAAGCUCCGGCGACUGCCCCACAUCUUUGCAAAGGUGCUGGAGCUUCCCUUUCAAUCAGACGCCAUCGUUUCGGUUGAAGAAACUCUCGACUCCAUUAAAUUCAUCGCUGCCACCGAUGAAAUCGACGGUGAAGUGAGGGCAAACGUCGUUGAGAUCUGUCCUGGGCUCACCAAGAUUGUUGUUAUACUGGGAAAUGGUGUGCUAGAAUUCUCGGGAACUGAGUUUGUGCUCGAUAUGUGGCGGAUUCGGCUCCCGACCUCGGCGCUGCCGGAGCUUGCCUCAGCGGCCUAUGGCGGCGGGGAGCUGAUGGUUACGGUCCCAAAAGGAGAUGAGGUAGAUGAGAAUGGCGGUGGCGAUAUUGGAGUUGGGAGGCUUGUUCUUGUACACUAA